CCACCCGCCCACGCUUUCUCUCUGCUUCGAGCUCUCUCAACCGGCGCUCUCUCCCGCUCCACUCCUCCCUCCACUCUCUCUCACCGAUCGUUUCGGCGGCGCAACCAACCAGAAGAUCCUACUCACUAUCGUCGACGACGCUCGUUCGUUUUUGCUCUGUUGUUGGUAGCUUGGGAGCUGGUUUAAAUUCUUGAUAACGUGUGGAGAUAGAGAUUUUUCCUGUCUGUAUAAGUUGUGUUCAUCAAAUAUCCUAGUUCUUGAAAAAUGCUUGAAACUAGAGAAUCCCUAGCUAACACUCCUAAGAAACCAUCAAUGACUCCCAAGGCAAUGAUACACCAGAGGUAUGGUAACAAGGCCUGUUAUAAGGUUGAGGAAGUGCAUGAUGCGGCUCAAAAUGAAUGUCCUGGACUGGCUAUCUCACAGAAGGGGCCUUGUCUUUAUCAGUGCACUUUGAAUCUUCCAGACAUUUCUGUUGUAUCUGGUACUUUCAGAAGGAAGAAGGAUGCUGAACAAUCAGCUGCAAAUAUGGCUGUAGAAAAGUUAGGUCUCACUCAGAAGGAAUACAAUCCCACCGUUGAGGAAGCUUGGGUUGAUUUGGCUGAUCGCAUUGGUUUUCUAUUUUCAAAUGAGUUCCUGUCAUCUCUCCACCCCCUCAGUGGUCACUUCAGAGCAGUAUUGAGAAGAGAACGCCUCAUGAAUGGAUGUGUUCCAGCUGUGGUCUUUGGUGCUUAUGAUGCGAAGAUUGCUAAUAUUUGCAAAUACAUCAUAAAUGAGACUGAGGUGAAUUCACAGGUAAUGAUUCCCCUAAUUCUCAGGGCAGCAACUAAGGUGACAGAUUUGGAGUUGAUACCUGAUGAGCAGCUCUCUCUGAAGAGGAGAAUACCUUACCCAUCAGAGAUUCUAUUGGAAGCAAUCCAUGAAUCAGGCUUGCAGGAAAGCAUUCCAAUUGAAGUGAUAUAUAUUCCUGCUUCAUUCAGUAAUGCUGUUGUACCGUUGACUCUUAACAUUGCUGCAACUGAUUAUUACCUAGAUGUUAUUGCUCAUGAACUAGACCUGAAUGAGGCUUCCGAUCUUUUGAUAUCUAGAACAAUUGGGAAGUCUUCCUCUGAAAUGAGAAUGUAUUCCCCUGCUCCCAAGAAACAAUUUUUGGACACAUUUUCAAAGUGGAAAGUGGAGCAAACUAUCCAUUUUGAAGGGCCUUCAAAUGUCCGGGCAAGUUACAUUGUUGGCCAGGAAGUAUAUGGUGAUGUAAUUUUGGCUUCAGUGGGGUACACAUGGAGGUCUUCUGAACUUUGGCAUGAAGCUGUUUCUCUGAGGUCAUACUAUAGGAUGCUCAUUAACAUGAUACCCAGUGGAAUAUACAAGAUAUCAAGAGAGGCACUACUCACUGCCAAGUUGCCUUCAUCAUUCACAACAAAAGGCAAUUGGAGGGGUUCCCUCCCCAAAGACAUACUUUGUGCGUUCUGCCGUUUACACCAUUUGUCUGAACCUGUCUUUUCUACACAAAGUAAAUUGCUGGUUUCAUCACUAGAUAUACCUGGAUCCUGUAAGAAAUUGAAAGUUACUCAGUUAAGUAAGGAAGAAGAACAAGAAUCGGGUCUUUCUACAGCUCAAGGGAAUACAGAGGAAUCUGUUGAAGUUUUUAAUUGUGAAGUAAAGCUACACUCCAAAAAACAGGAACUAAUCUUACAGUGUUCACCCCAUGAUUUGCAUAGAAGACAGACAGAUGCUAUGAACAGUACCUCAUUGAAGGUUCUAUCUUGGCUGACCAUAGUUUUUGAAGAACCGGACAAGUCCAUGGAUAAGUUGACCACAAUGGCAGAAACAUUUGAAAUUUGCUUUCUUCAUCAGUUCUUCUUUAACACAUUGUGCAGUUCUAUACGCAAUGUCUGGGGCGUCAGGAGUAAAGCUUGCAGUGUUAAUUCAGAGGGGGAUGAGGUGUUCUUAAUUGAUCUUGGAGGUAAAAACACUGGAGGUACUCCAUCCAAUGGUUCUCUAGCAUGCAUAACUUACACAGUUUCAUUGUUCCGAGAAGAUGCAUGUGUGAAAGAAAGUCUUGAAAGCUGUGAAGAGUUUGAGUUUGAGUUAGGCAAUGAAGGUGUUUUGCCUCAUCUUGAAUCGGCUGUUGCCCAAAUGGCUGUUGGUCAGUCUUCAUAUUUUCGAGUUGAUUUGCCUCCUGAUGAUUUUAUUUUGGCUGCGGCUGGAGAUACUGCUGCAACAUUAUCGUUGUUAUCUACAAGAAGGUGCAAAUUGGAGUAUUGUGUAACUCUGUUGCGGGUGACAGAACCAUUAGAAGAGAGAAUGGAGCAGGCUUUAUUCAGCCCUCCUCUGUCGAAGCAGCGUGUUGAAUUUGCAGUUAAGCAGAUUAAAGAAUCUUCUGCUCUCUCCUUGGUUGAUUUUGGUUGUGGUUCUGGAAGUUUAUUGGACUCAUUAUUAUCAUAUCCUACUUCUUUGGAGAAAGUAGUUGGUGUGGAUAUUUCACAGAAAAGUCUUGCAAGAGCAGCUAAGUCAUUGCACUCCAAGUUGAACAAGUUAUUGGAUUCUAAGGAUCCAAGUAACAAAAUCAAAUAUGCAGUGCUGUAUGAUGGCUCCAUCACAAAAUUUGAUUCUCGGUUGCGUGGAUACGACAUUGCAACUUGCUUGGAGGUGAUUGAACAUAUGGAAGAGAAGGACGCGUGCAUAUUUGGUGAUGUUGCGCUGAGCCUUUUCUGUCCUAAGAUCCUUAUUGUCUCGACGCCAAACUAUGAGUAUAAUGUAAUCCUACAGAGAUCAUCAACCUGCCAUGGGCAAGAAGAUGGCGAUACCCAGGAAGCAGCGCAAGCUGCUUGUAAGUUCCGAAACCAUGACCACAAAUUCGAGUGGAACAGGGCAGAAUUCAAUCAGUGGGCAUCUGAGCUUGCAGCCAGGCAUAACUAUGGAGUGGAAUUCAGUGGAGUCGGUGGCGCUGGCGACGUGGAACCUGGUUUUGCAUCCCAAAUCGCCAUUUUUAGAAGAAUGCACGAGGAGGAUAUCCCGAGCAACAUAGAGUCAGUAGCCGAAGCCACAAACGAAUCCUCGUCCCCGUUCUCAACCAUCUGGGAGUGGAAUAGGGAAGAUCAAGAAUGCAAUGAAAAGCAUCAAUGAGGAUGAUGAUAUCUAGAUCAAACUUAUCUGACUCACAAUCUGGGAAUAUGACAACAUUUACAUUGCUUGAGAAAUUAAUGGGAAAAUGGUUUCAACUUUA